AUGGCAAUCAAACUUCCUUGGUUCGCAGAUGUGCCAUUACCUUGUACAAAUGAUUCAAUUAGCAAAGUUAUUCUAGAUUGUCUGUCGGACUUUGACGUGGACAACAAACUUUCUACUAUAACGGUUGACAGUUAUACUUCUGAUGACGAGCUUAUUGACAUUCUAGUGGAUAAGCUCUUGGAAAAUAAACUCCUUUUCAAAGGAAAUUUAUUCCGGUUACCAUGUUUUGCACAUACUAUGAGACUGAUGGUUCAAGAUGCAUUUGACGUGAUUAAGGAUGUAAUUGAGAAAAUUCGUGAUAGUAUUGUGUUUUGGACAUCGUCACUUGAAAGAGAAAUGACAUUGGAAAAAGCUGUUUGUGAGUUGGGUGUAAGCACUAUAACAAAGUUGGUGCUUGAUAAUAGGUUGAGUUGGAGUUCAACGUACUUGAUGGUACAAGAAUCAUUUGUUCUCAAGGAUGUCUUUUCUCAUUUGGGACAGCAAGAAUCUCAAUAUGAUUCUUUGCCUACUAAGGAAGAAUGGGAUUUAGCCAGGGAAGUGUGCAACAGGUUGAAAUAUCUGUAUAAUGAGAUGAAAGAUUUGGCAGACAGUCCUGCUUGCAAUUAUCUCAUGGCAAUAUGCGGAAUUAAAGUGAAAUUAUUGGAGUGGCUCAACUGUGAGAUUCCCGAGAUUAAAGAAAUGGCCUCAAAGAUGGUGGAGAAGUUUGGCAAGUAUUGGUUUGCAGCACGUGAUAUUCUGGGAGUAGCAACUGUAUUUCACCCUGAAGUUCGGUUUUUCUCAAUGAAGCACUACUUUCCAAAAAUAUAUGGAAAUGAAGUUGAAAGUGAGGUUGAUAGAAUUCGCCAGAUUUUCUAUGAUUUGUUUAAAGAGUACAAGAAUUCCUUACCCGUGGAUGAAACCAAUACUGAUGACUCACACUUGCCAAUGUCUAACUUCAGAAGGCAGUUUAAGCAGUAUCUCAAAGAACAGGGGAAGGAUAAACCUGAUCCUUGCGAGGUGGACUCUUACUUAAAACAGUACUUUAGUCCAGACACAGAAGAUAUUGAUACCUUGACUUGGUGGGAGGAAAAUAAGACAAGAUUUCCAAUCUUGCAUAAGAUGGCGAAAGAUAUUCUAGGUAUUCCUAUUUUCUCAGUUGAUGCCGAAAAUGCAUUUGAUGUUGGUGAUAGGAUUCUGGGUGAAAAUCGUAGCAGACUUCAUCCAACUAUGGUUGAGGCAUUGAUGUGCACUCAGAGGUGGCUCAGGGGACACAAACACGCGAAAUCUGAAGGUAAACCAACCAAGUUAACGAGAAGUGAAGUUUCAUCUUCGGCAAGCAAUUUGCAUUCACUAGGUACAAUAUACGAUGAUGCUAAUGCUGAGCGUGGAAUUGUAUUUAAGAGAAGGUACUGUGUGUUGUGUUCAUCUGCUAAAAGGCUGAGCUACGAAGAGACGGCCAAAGAUGUUAGUAAUACUGAUGCAUUUUUCUUUUGUUCUGCAGCUUGUGCCAAACAUAAUCUGUCAUUCCUGAAGGAAUUCAUUCCUUUCACUCACAACGCAUUAGCUGUUGCACAUCGUGCACUUCCAGUUGCUGUCUCCAAACUUGGAUGA